CGAAUGCAAUAUUGAGCUUAUAUUUUUGUUUUUGUUUCUUUCCUUGUUUAUCUCCGCUCUGAUGAGUUCUUUGGCGAAUUUGCUGUUAUUAUAACUGAUUGACAUUUAAGAUUUUGUUUUAAUUUGAACGUGAAAGAAAUGCGAAAAUAUCUCCCAAAAAACAUUAUUCAUUUAACAAAUAAAUUUGCUGAGGGAAGUAACAGCCCACUGGAAGUUACAAAAAGUGCUUUUAACGAUGCUGAGAAAUUCAAAAAUUUAAAUGCAUUUAUUAAGUUAACAAAAAAGCUGGCAUAUGAUUCAGCAACGGAAUCAACGCGUCGUUAUUCUGAGAAACGAACGAAAGGUCCUUUAGAUGGUGUUACGAUUGCUAUCAAGGAUAAUUUUUGCACCAAAGGAAUUCAUACCACAUGUGCAUCAAAAAUGCUAGAAGAUUUUGUACCGCCUUACAAUGCAACGAUUUAUGAACGCUUAUUGAACAAUGGAGCAAUUUUAAUUGGUAAAACCAAUAUGGACGAGUUCGCAAUGGGUUCUGGAUGUGUCGAUUCAAUAUAUGGUCCAAGUAAAAACAUCUGGAGCAAGAAUCUAGAAAACGAUGAAUGGCGAAUUGCUGGUGGCAGCUCAGGCGGUUCCGCUUUAGCAGUGGCCAGUGGCGUUUGUUAUGCCUCUAUAGGAUCCGAUACUGGCGGCUCAGUUCGGAAUCCGGCAUCGUAUUGCGGUGUCAUUGGCCUGAAACCUACUUAUGGCUUGGUUUCCAGACAUGGCCUUAUCCCGUUGGUGAAUUCUAUGGAUGUUCCCGGUAUUUUUGCUCGCACAGUUAGCGAUUGUACUACUAUUUUAAAUUGCGUUUCCGGACCUGAUAUGCGAGAUGCGACUACCAUAAAAAUGCAAUAUCAGCCAAUAAAUCUUCCACUACCCGAACAAAUAGACAUUAGCAAAUUCCGAGUAGGCGUGCCAAAAGAAUACCAUUGUGAACAGCUAUCAAAAGAUGUGUUGGAAACUUGGCAGAAAGUGGCUGGUUUACUGGAAAAUGAAGGUGCAAUAGUAAAGCAAGUUUCUCUACCACAUACAGCAGCUAGUAUUUAUGUUUAUUCAAUAUUAAAUCAGUGCGAAGUAGCUAGCAAUAUGGCGAAAUACGAUGGUAUUGAAUACGGUCAUCGAGCUGAUUACGAUUGCAGUACGGAAGAGUUCUAUGCCAAAAGCAGAGCCCACGGGUUCAAUGAGAUCGUAAAAGGAAGAAUAUUAGCUGGGAACUUUUUUUUACUCAGGAAGAAUUAUAAGAAUUUUUUUGAAAAAGCUUUAAAAGUUCGACGGUUAAUAACGGAAGACUUUACGAAAGUAUUUGAAGGCUCGCCAGCGGAACGAAUUGAUGUGCUAUUAACGCCUACUACUUUAACGGAAGCACCACUGUACAAGGAGUUUAUAACAGCCUCUAAUCGUGACCAAUGUGCAGUACAAGAUUUUUGCACUCAACCGUGCAAUAUGGCUGGAAUACCCGCCAUCUCACUACCUAUUAGACUCAGUGCUAACGGUUUACCUAUUUCUUUGCAGAUAAUGAGUAAUAAAUUCAAUGAGAAACUCUUGUUAACAUUUGCACGUUGGCUAGAAAAUCAAUUUGAAUUCAAUUGUUUAUAUAACAGAGAACUCUAUGAAAUUUAAAAACAAAACAAAUUGGAUCAAUUAUUUCAAGAUUUUGAACGUACAAUGAAUAUAUU